CAGGUAUGUACCUACCUUACGUACAUACAUACAGCUGGGAGCCACUGGGUUUCUGCAGUACCACGUUCCAGAGAGGGAAGGCAAGGCCCCUCCCCCGCUGUUCUCACCACACUUUCCCACAAUCGGGAAGCAAAGAACCCAGCAGGCUGAGCUACUACUACCUCUUUCAACCAAAACAAGCACCGAGAACAACAACCACACCAAAAAAAGAGAAGAAAGAGCGGAAAGAAGUUUUAAAAAAAACAAAACAAAAAUGGGCGACCACAUCAAAGACAUCUUAACCCUCGCCGCCCUGGACGAGCUGACCUCGACCCACAAGUACGUAAUCAUCGACUUCACGGCCCAGUGGUGCCCCCCCUGCAAGGCCAUCGCGCCGCUCUUCCACAAGCUGGCCGCCGAGUACGCCCGCCCCGGGGCGCUCGCCUUUGCCCGCGUCGACGUCGACGAGGCCUCCGAGGUGGCCGCCAAGUUCGGCAUCUCCGCCAUGCCCACCUUCCUGUUCCUCGUCGACGGCGUGGCCGAUGGCUUCGACGACGGCGGGGCCCUCACCGGCGCGGCCGUCCAGAGAACCGACGACCGCGCCCUGUCGAUCCGCGGGGCGGAUCCCAAGAACUUGGUCAGCGCCGCCAUCAAGCUGUCCGAGUUGGCAGCUAAGGAGCUGGUAGCCGAGGAGGUAACGGCCGAGAGCGCUUAGGUGUCAGGGCGAGCGGACGGACGAGACGUAUCUACAGGUCGGCCAUGUGACGUUGGCCGGCCGAGGUACGCCACAUCCCGCAGGGACACCGUGGACUGGCGAUGGAUAAGAUGGAUACCAUCACCAGCAACUCAGCUGCACUUUCUGCGCUGCGCAAUACUAGGUAUCUUGCCUUAGUGCGUUGCCGCCCUGUUGGCAGACCAGCGCCAGCCAUGUACUGUAAAACCGACAGGUAUCUCUCUAAGCAUACAUCUAUGGUAUCAUCCCUCAAAACUCCAAACAAGUCACUCCAAAACCACCUAACAGCCAAUCGAAACUCCCAUCUACGCUGUACAUGCCGCCACUUGGUGCAAAAGCGCCGUUGUUCAGACGUGACGAGAUUGUGUCCCAGCUUCGCUUCCCACACAAAGUCCACCACCCUCUCCUCUCGUCAAUCUCCCCCCCCCCC